UACGCCAGGUUUAUAUUUACUUCUGUUAAAAAACUUUUAAAACUAUUUGUACAAGUAAUUGAUUUAUGUUUACCCAAAAAUCGUGUUAUUAUUUUCAGUAAAUAGUGCUUAUCAUGCCAGCAUAUAGACUUGACAGUGUCAUGUUCAAGCAAGAGAUGGAUUUGAACCUGGUGGGCGAUAGUUCUCCAGGUUAUGUUGCGGAAUUUGGCAGUUCUAAUGCUGGAUUUGACACACUAAUUACCGAGUGUAUACUGAACAUGCCCGAUAGUUACGAUGUUGCCAGCUCCAAUAUCGUCAACCCCAGUGAGAGCCAGGAAAACCACUUGGUUGCUCUGCAUGACGAGAACACGGCUGAUAUUGCCACCUACAGCAACCAGCAUUUCCAACCGAUCUCCCCCCGUGGCCCGCCCGAGCGUAAAGUCUUCUCCGGAGACCUCGACUUCCAGGUGGAGAUCAAUGGAUCUGAUACGGACAAGUUGAAAUAUCUGUAUUCGCACAAAUUGAACCGCAUCUACGUGGACAUGAAGAUCAGCUUUCCAGUACAAUUCAGAUGGAACGUAGACUGCGCACCGCCGUAUUUGUACGUGCGUGCUACGACCGUGUUCUCUGAGGACUCCCAAGCCGAGAAACGAGUUGAGCGUUGUACACAGCACACGCAUGACAAUAGUAAUGAGGGUCUCAACAGGAAUGUAGUUAAGAACGUGCUCCAUUCAUCCCGUGAAAUGAAUGCACAAGGGGUUUACUACUGCGGGACGGACACACAGUCUGACUCCUGGUACAGCGUUCUUGUGGAGUUGCUGCCUACCGGGCACGCCACUCAUGCUUACCAGUUCGUCUGCAAGAAUUCCUGCUCGAACGGCAUUAAUCGCAGGGCUAUUAGCAUCAUUUUCACUUUGGAAGAUAGCACUGGUCAUGUAUACGGUCGCCAAACAGUGGGCGCGCGCGUAUGUUCGUGCCCGCGAAGGGACAAAUCACACGACGAGGACGGCAAAAAGGGGGGCUCCAAGCGCCGCAUCACGCAGCAGCCGCAACACGCGCUCGAGCCAAAGACGAAGCGAACUGGAGUUGCAGAUGACGACACAAGCUAUGAACUGCCACCGCUUCAAAUAAUUGGGCGCCGCACGAUGUCGACUGGUCUAGAAGUAAUGCUCAGCAUGAUGGAACAGGCCGCGUCGCUGCGGAGCACGGACCCGCAAGCGGUAGAGGCCUAUAACAAGUCCAUACAGGACCUUAGAAAGUUUAUCGACGGAAUAAAGCAAUAAUGUUAAGUAACAACAUUCAACAUUUAUUAGUUUAGUUUUUUCAUUUUUUGUUGUUGUCUGUACUUAUAUUUGUAGCCUUGUCGUGCUGUGGUAUUUUAAAUUGAGAAGUAACUAAUGUUAUCUUACCCACAACACGAAAAAAUUAAUAACGUAUUUUAGUAUUUUUUAUAGAGGUAUUCUGGAAUAUGCAAUCAUGACGACACUUUGGUCUUAAUAUCUUUUUAAAGUUUGGUUUCUUUAGAAAAGAGCCUUUUUUCAGUCUUAAUGACCAGUACAAUUACUAUCGUUCUUUUGAAGUACAAUCUACUACAAGAAGAGAGAGGUAGUAGAUUGUACUUCAGAAUUAUAGUCAACGGACCAGUGAAGUUCACCAAUGCAGUAAAGUACAGUCUACUACCU